GAACUAAUUUAUCUCUAUAUUACUAUGUAUAUUAAAGUAUAAAUUGUCCAGUACCUUGAGAGUCACCUCCACUAGUGAAAACUGCUAAUCCUUUUCCUUUGUGGGAACCUCUUUCAAUAAAUCUCUUUUGGUCUUCCUCCAUUAUUUUUUGUUCCUAAUAAAAUAAUAAAAAAAUCUAUAACAUAAUAGUAUUAUUGAAAUAGGACAAAUUGUAGGUACUAUACUUGCAACAAACUACAAAUAAAGAUAUAACUUCAAGUUGUUGACAAUAACGAUUUAUUCUAAUUAAUCAUAUUUAACAAGAUUCAACGAUAAUUGAUGACAAAAUAAAUAACUAGUAACGUAUUGUUAAACGUUUGCUGUCAAUUGAGUACCGCGUCCACUUGCACUCUAUUUUAAAAUCGUCUGCAACUACAAAACGACCUCUAAAGGUCACCGAUCACGGUCAAAAUGUGUUAAGUUUUUUCCUGUGACGCGCGAUAGAAGGGAUGCGACGGGUCGCUCAGAAUAUUAAAAACAGUGUCAGAACAGUGUUCAACAGUCGAAUCACUCCAAUGUACUAUGCUCGAAAAGCAAUCCUAAGUUACCAUGCGCAAAUGCAGAAAUGCAACGAAAAAUAAACCGUCGCUAUCUAGUAUCUAAAAUAUCUUAUGAUAAAUUAUCUGCAUAGUAUAUUAAGGUCUUGAUUACCUGACGUUACCUGGCUAUAAUCAAAUGUUGUUAUCAAUUUGCUUGUAAACAAAAGAUAAACAUAUUCCUCGACUGAUAAGUUUCUUGAAAACCUUAUGAUAGAGGCAGUUUUCUAUCUUAUAGCUUAUGGUAUUGAGCUGUUUAUACAUAGUAUUUUUGAUAAAUUAUUUAAGCGUAGUAAUAAUUAUUUCGGAGUCCUAUAGGAGAUAUCUUUGUUAACUUACUAGUAAGUACUAAAUUUUUUUCAUUACCAUUUUAGUACCAUACUUUAAACGGCCACACUUAAUUUUUGUAAGAUAAAUAGAUACAAUCUUAGACCUAACUUGUUUUUAAAUACUGUUUACUAAGUCCUUGUAUUAAAACAAGUGUGAUCUGUUCACAUGAACGUUCAUGAAUAAUACAUCUCUAAUACAUGAUAUAUUUUAUUUUAUGCAAUAUGUUUGAAACAUAAUAAACUGAGCUACUUAUUUUUUAACUGCCCAUUGAAAAAUGUAAUCUUUGGUAUGAUCUCAGUGCAGACCAAAUUGUUAACCAUUUCAGAGGACUGGAUUGACCAGGUAGAAUUGAAGCCAUAAAAUAUUAACUACAUUCACAAAUAAAUAUUUUUCAACAUUAAAUGUCAAUAGAAAGAAGUCAUUUUGGCUGCAGAGUCUAAUGGCUCGUAAAUUCUUCAAAAAAUAUUGCAAUUUUAAUUAAAUUUAUUCCAGAGUUCUGAAAUUUUGUUCAAUAAUUAAAUAUUUAAUAUUAAUAUACAAAUGUCCAUUAAUUAUAUUUAUAUAUACAAUCUACUUGUAUAAUAUAAUCAGCUACUGUAAUAUUAGCUAUUACAUUUAUUAGACAAGCCUGCUGAGUUGAGGAAUUGAACUCAAGAGGUCAUGCAAAAACAUAAUUGUUUAUAUUCAUUGUGUCACCAAAAGUUUUAAGAUUCAGUGGGCUGAUACAUUCUCUUUCCGGUUCUGGUAGUAAGAGAAUCUAAGAAUUGAAUAUUCAUAUAGUCAUAUAGAAUAUCUAAAUAAAGAAAUUAAUCUCAUAAUGAUGGUGAUGUAUAGGCAUUUUGUAUUUUUAAUUCCAUUUUUUUUUUCUACAAAAUUAUAUUAUAAUUUUAAUUUUUUUAUUAGAAUAAAAAAUUGAAAUACUUUUAACGAAUAGGUUCCACAAAUUAUUUACAAUAAACCAAUCAUGGUAAAUAAUUUGGUGUCCAUAAUCUAUAAAUAUGAUAAAUACUACGGUUAUCGUGUAGAUAACCAUGAUAGAUACCUAGUUUUCACUAAUAUUUUUAACUCUUCUAGGUUAAAAUGAUUAGAUUGAAUCCCACACGAUUGGAAUUGAGAAUUGAAGAUCUAACCGAAUUCUCAGAAAUUAAAAAUGAAUUUGAAGCUAUUAAAAAAACCAGAGAUGAAAAAGUAAAAAAUCUAUUGGGUGGAAAUGUACUCACCAACUUAAAAACCAAACAAGAUGCAGUACAAGAAAGAAUAGGGUUUGUUCCUAGACCUAGACAUUCAUCACAAUGAAUAAUUUCUUUUAUUGUAAAUAUAUAUAUUUUUUUUUUUACUUUCAUACUGAGUAUUGUAAUUUUAAACUAGGUAAGGUGUUUUUAUUUUU